CGUCUGAAGCUUCAACAAUGGAAAAGGGGUCAUAAUGCAUCUUAUAAUCGGGAAAACACGUAUUUUGUUGUUUGUAUACAAAGGCAAAAUAAGUAGCUUCUUCAAAUCAGCACAGAAGUUUGCAUAUGUUUAAAGGUCUUAACAUGGAAAGUUUUUAUUAAAAACCCUAAACAUGAAGAAGAAAGUAAAUCCACACCAGCAGGCAAAAGUGAAGGAUGUCAGUAGCACAGAAACACUGGAGACAACGACAUCUAAUCCAGUGACUUUUGAUGCCAACAGUGAUGCUGACGUGACCAUAAUAUAUUCUUCAGAAGAAAAGAGACAUCUCAGAAUAUCACAAAGUGACAGCUGUUUCUUGAAGUUCUUGAAUGAAGACCGGCAGAAGGUGCCAUCUUUUUGCGACACGACGGUCACGGUCUGUGGGAAGAUGUAUCACGCCCACAAGGUGGUUUUGGCUUUUGGCAGUAACUAUUUCCAUGCCAGAUUCAGUGAAAACCCUGAAUUGCAACAUGUGACCAUUGAUAACAUAGAAAGCUCCACAUUUGGACACUUGCUCAACUUUCUAUACACGUCUGAAUUUUACGUUUUGGAAAACAAGAUCUCUGCUUUGACUGAGGCUGCCUGUUUUCUGGAUAUGAUGGAAGCCGUAAAUCUUUUAGCAAAGUGUGCAGCACCAGUUCAAGAUGAUGAAGAAAGUGAUGCUCACCUGGUUCCACAGAAGACCACUGAUGUCCAGAAUGUCCAAAAUUCAGUAGGAGUCCAGUGCUCAUUUUGCAGUCGCACCUUCUGCUACAAGAAGUCUCUAGAGAAUCACCUGGCAAAGACGCACAGUUCUGGUUGCCACAUUGAGGAAGAUCAAAAUAUGGCGAGCACAUCUGGUUUGACUACCCGAAGAUCUGCCCGUCAGAGGAGGACUCCAGCUAAAUUUGAGAACCAGGAAAGUAAAAAUGGCCACAUCCUGUCUGAAAUGCCCCGACAGAAGACUCCAAAGGAUGAUGCAAACACUUUCGAAGAGAAUGAAGAUGAUGAUGAAAGUGAGGAGGAGCAGCAGAAUGAGAAGGGAGAAGAAAGUAGAAUGGAAGGGCAAGAAACAACAUCAACCACUGUGGAGGUCGAGGAGGCAGAAGGUGAAGACACUGAAAAGCAAGAUGAGGAACAUAUUUCUGAACUCACCAAGGUUGUAGACCAGGCUGAGGCCCAGAAGGUAACGGAACCGAAAUCCAGCCCUCAUGUUGAGGAGCACAGUCAAGCGACAGCAGGCACCAGUCAUGUUUUUCCAGAGGGACUGGCUCCCAUUGUGAUCCAGAGUGCUAAUAAGAAAAAUCUCAAGUGUCCCAAGUGUGACAAGACCUUUGAUCGCAUAGGUAAAUACAAGAGUCACACCAGAGUACACACUGGAGAAAAACCUUUCCAGUGUGAAAUCUGUCUUCAGUGCUACUCCACCAAAUCAAACCUCACUGUCCAUAAGAAGAAACAUGAGAGUGAUGCACCCGUUCAGAAGAAAGAGCACAAAUGUCCCUUCUGUAACAAGCUCCAUGCCAGCAAGAAGACUCUCGGCAGACACGUGAAAAGAUUUCAUCCUGACCAUCUCCAAGAGUUUCUCACUCAGAAAAAGAAGCGUGAAGGAUGGAAGUGUGAUAUCUGCCAGAAGUCUUUCUCUCGGCGCCCCCAUCUGGAGGAACACAUGGUCUUACAUUCACAGGACAAGCCCUUCAAGUGUGCCUACUGUGACGAAUACUUCAAAUCACGAUUUGCCCGCUUGAAACACCAAGAAAAAUUCCAUUUGGGACCCUUCCCAUGUGACAUUUGUGGUCGACAGUUUAAUGACACAGGUAACCGUAAACGUCACAUUGAGUGUACACAUGGGGGGAAAAGGAAAUGGACCUGCUUUUUGUGUGGCAAAUCAGUUCGAGAGAGGACUACACUUAGGGAACAUCUGAGGAUCCAUAGUGGAGAAAAGCCUUACCUGUGCAGCAUCUGUGGACAAAGCUUCCGUCAUGGCAGCUCGUACAGGCUCCAUCUACGUGUUCACCAUGACGACAAGCGCUACGAAUGUGAGGAAUGUGGCAAAACUUUCAUUCGCCAUGACCAUCUAAAGAAACACAAAAAAAUUCACACAGGGGAGAGAGCACAUCAGUGUGAAGAGUGUGGAAAAUGCUUCAGACGGGCCGAUCACCUGACUGUCCAUUAUAAAAGUAUUCACCUGGGAGAAAAGAUCUGGCGAAGGUACAAAGCAGUAGUGCAUCAGUGUCAAGUGUGCAAGAAAGAGUUCAGGGGGAAGACCAACCUCAUGUCGCAUUUCAGAACGCAUUCAGGUGAGAAACCCCACCGGUGUUUGAUCUGUAACCAGACCUUCCGCAUCAAGAAGACUUUGACCAAACACAUGGUCAUCCACUCCGACGUCCGUCCUUUCAACUGCCCGCACUGCAGUGCUACUUUCAAACGCAAAGACAAGCUCAAGUAUCAUGUAGACCAUGUGCACAGCGCCCGAAUGCUUGACCAGCAACAGCAAACCCUUCCUCCAGCCCCUGCAAACAAGUUACCUGAGCCCCUGCCACCAAACGAAACCCCCAAACAAUACCACAACUCACCCAAAACUGUGCUGCAAAGUGUAUCAGCUGAUGUAUGUGUUCCUGUAACGCUUGUUCCUGUCCAGAUGAGUGAAGAACCUGACCUCACAGUGCAUGGGGCGCCACAUGGUGUCCUUCCGGCUGUGACUCAGCAACAGCAGACUGGUGGCUACCAGUCAACCAGUGACCUGGUGUUUUUAGAGAAGUACACUCUUACACCUCAGCCGACUAACAUAGUGCACCCAGUGAGGCCAGACCAGAUGCUGGACCCUCGAGAGCAAUCGUACUUAGGCACACUUCUGGGGCUGGACUCGGCUACAUCUGUGCAAAAUAUGACUAAUGCUGAACAUACACAUUAGUGUACCCAGUAACUGCAUAUGCUGUGAGUUUUACAUUUUCUGUGUUCUUUAAAUAUAACACUUCCAAACAUGAAUUUCCUUUGGUCUUCAGUCUCUUCAUGAUGUUCUUAAAGGAAUGGUUUACCUAAAGAUGAAAACACAAAUUUGAUGGUGUAUUUUGUCAUUUUUUAAGUUACAGCCAUGAAGUACAGCCAUGGUCUCUGUACAUCAUUGUACGCAAAAAGAGCUGCGAGAAGAUUCUUCAAAAGUAAUUUGUGUUCUAUGGAAAAAAUAAAAGCAUACUGGAACAA